GCCGCUCACUGCUCCAGUGCUGAUGCCUGCUCCACACACACACACACACACACACACAUUGCAGGACUGUACCAUAACACGUUUAAAGAAGUAAAAACAAUGGUUUUCGUCCUAAGAGUGGAUAAAACAGUCGUGUUUCUGUGUGUGUGUAUUUUGUGCAACAGCCUGAGGACAGACAGCAGACCAGUGAGCAGGAGGUCCGUCAGUGAGGUUCAGCUGAUGCACAGCAUUGGCGUGCGCAAACACAAUCAGCAGAGGCAGGACUGGCUGCAGGAGCACAUGCAGGACAUACACACAGCCCCGCUGCACGACGGGAAAAUCAGUGACGGACGCAUCACGCUGAAGCACUCGCCGUCCCAAGCCGUUACGCCCGACACAUCAAAAGGAGACGUGAUGGAAAGUCUGGAAAUACAAUGAAACGUGGACACUUCACUGUGUCCUAGACAAGCCGUCUGCAUAAACGUUCCACGUCUCAUCUCAAUCUCAUUCAUGUUAAAUAUAUUGCUAUUUAUUUUUUUCUAUUUAUAUAUUUAAGUAUUUAUAUAGAUGUAUGGAUUUUUAGAAUUUUCUGAAAUACUCCUGCUUGUUGUAAAUAUGUUAUAUACAUGUGUAUUUUAUAGAGCUUUUAUUUCAGAAAAAAAUAUAGAGACAGUACUGGGCAAAAGUCUUAUACAUGUGCAAAUAUGCUCUAGAGUAAAGAUGCCUUCAAAAAUAAUGAAAUUAGAAAAUUAAAAAAAUUUAAAAAAUACUAUAAAGAGCAGUAAACAGGGAUAAAUGAAACAAAAGUCAAUAUUUGGUGUAAUGACACUUUGCUUUAAAAAACAAUUGUAGUCUCAGGUCCAGUGAGUGCAGUUUUAUGCGGAAAUGAGCUGUAGGUUUCACUGAACAUCUUACAGAACCAGCCCCAGUUCUUCUGGACACUUUGACUGUAACGCUCACGUCUUCAUUCUGCACCAAAACCCAGCAGCCUUCAUUAUAUUUUCUUUUUUUAAUCUGAAAAGUGCUCUCUUACGUAUUUUUUUAACAUUUAAUUUUGUGCUCAAAGGCUGUCUAAAUGUUUUUGUACUGACUUGAUAAUGUAGAAAUCAUAAAAUUAAAAUCUAUAGCAGAUUUUGUACUAAAAAAAAAGAAACUGGGUGCCUAAGACUUUUGCACAGUAAUAUAUAAGAAAGCACUUUUAUUUCUUUUAUUUUAAUGAACUGGAAUAAUGUUUACUGAAAACAGGAAUAUAGCAGAGUAGGACCAAAUUAUUUUUCUUAAAGAAAUGGAGAAAAAAGGAAUGUUAUAUAUUUUUAAAACA